AUCGAAUCAAAUAAACAAAUGUAUCGAUCAGUAAUGGAAGAAGUGGCACGUUUUUUGGACCGAGCCCAUAAGAGCCUGAUUAUUCUUCACCAGAAGAACAAAUCCAAGGACAAAACUAAUGCUCGUGUACCACGAAGUAGAAGCGUUCAUGCAGUUGAUACUACUACGACGGAUUGUUCACCUAAUCGUGGCAAUUCGACAACAUCGUCAUCGUCAUCGUCAUCUGGAUCAUCGUCAUCUCGUUUUACAAGAGCCAAAUCGGUCAAUCAGAUAUCAGGUGGUUCAGCAUUUCGUGAAUUCACUUGGUCAGUUUUACGUCGCAAUCAAAAUACUAAUUCGGAUAAUAACAAUGCACAACAACAAUGCUGCGAACAAUCUUAUCAGGAAGACAAAAAAACAAUAACAGAUGAUGUAUCCUAUAUGAAACCUAAACAAAUGGAAUUGAAUCCUGAUGACGUACCACCGGAAAAAUUGUCUCAAGAAGCAUUUAGGUUGAUGAGAACGGUACAAUCCUUGUUAUCAAUGAGAGAACCAGACCUAUCUAGAGUAUCACCAUACGAUGACAGUGGAAUAUCACCAUCACCGACAAGUAAUCAUUAUCAUCAUCAUCAUCAUCAUCACCAUCAUCGUCACGAUAGUUCUUCAAUGUCACAAGGAGAUAAUUUCAUGAACAACACGUCGUCAAUAGUAGUACAAGAUGACAAUUAUGUUAGAUGCAUCGAUGAAAGUGAACGUGAACUUGUCAAUGAAACUAAUUGUUUGGAAUAUCAAAAUCGAGAUGACAAUUGUCAAACGAAAUUAUUAUCAUCUAGUAAUACUGAUGUUAAUCGUAAUAUACAAAAUUUAUUGCCAGGUAUUAGAAAUUCGGUAGAUGGAUCUUCGUAUAAUUCUGUUGUUAGCAGUAAUAAAACAACAACGGAAGAUGAAGAACAAAUAAUAAUUGUUUCUAAUCGUGAUAAUAUUAUUGAUAAUAAUACGCGUGAACGUAUUUGUAAUAUUGGUAACAACAAUACGUCGACACCAUUAACGAAAUCUCACAAACGUAUUGAGAAAAAAGGAAUCAAUGGUGGUGGUAUUAACGAUCUCAUGGUUAGGGCUGUUAGAGCUAAAUUAGCAAACAGCGUUAGUAGUGCUGACGAUGAAAGUGGAUUUUCAUCUAUGAGCUCAUUUCAAGAAGUUGGUUUACCAACUUCACCGAUAUCACCUAUCAAAGGUUGUCACACUGAAGUUGGUUUACCUGAAAUUCCUAUUGAAAAAGUUGCUCAUAGAAGAUGGUCAUCGAACCCAACCGAAAUACAAGCACUCAUUAAACGACACAGUGCAGCUAAUUUUCCGACAAAUCAAACCAAUAACGAAUCAUUAAGCGUUUGGGUUUAAAUUAAACGUUUUUUUAAAAAAAAAAACGGAUAACUUCGUUAUAGGAUUAAUUCUUUAUUUUUAAG